AUGAAUCUAUUUAAUCUAUCAUAGGUCGGAGGGAACUUUAUUUUUAAUAUAUUACAUUGAUUUUCUUUUGAGUCUACUUCGAAGUACUUUCGAUAUAUUUUUAGUAUCCAGAUUUAUUGCUUUAUGCACGAAUAUUUACAUUUAAUGUAAAAAUGUCAUUUAUUAUGCGAACACUACAAUGGCCGUGCUAUUUGAGUGUCAAUAACAAGUGUUUAGUUGUAUUGGGACUUUAAUUUGCAAUGGUUGUAUUUAAUAAUGUGACGAUGGAUACUUUUCAUCAAAAGAAAUGGCUGUUACUUUUGAUAACUAUCGUGUGGCGGGAGCUGGACCUUGUCAAUGGUCUGAAGUGUUAUUGCAACAGUGAUAGUCCCAGCUGCCCUAACUCAACAUGCGAGACAGACGGAUUCUGCUAUGCAUCAACAACAUUGGAACAUGGAAUACAGAAAUAUUCAUACCACUGUAUCGAGUUGAAAUCACUGAUACCCAUCGAGCACCCCUUCAGUUGCUCCACGACGAGAACUAGAAAUGAAUCGGUGGUGAUAGAGUGUUGUAAGUCACAUGACAUGUGCAAUCGCGACCUGCGCCUGGAGAUCCAUAAGAAGCCGGCAGACACGGGUACGUCAGCGACGGCAUGGCAAGUGGUGCCGUGGCUUAUGGGUCUGAUGGUGCUCGGUGUGUGCGCGGCUAUAAGCUUCUGGUGGGCGAAGCGAUCAAGCAACGUGAAGGAGAGAGGCUCCCGUCCGCUUUACCCAACCGAGGAGUCUCUGUGCGAGACGCGACAUCCGAUCACCGCUACUAUACGAGACAUGAUUGAACUUACGACCUCCGGAUCUGGAUCAGGUUUACCCUUACUUGUACAACGAUCGAUUGCGAGACAGAUACAACUAGUGGACAUUAUUGGUAAGGGGCGCUUCGGUGAGGUAUGGCGGGGUCGCUGGAGGGGGGAGAAUGUUGCGGUCAAAAUAUUUUCAUCACGAGAAGAAUGCUCAUGGUUCCGUGAGGCAGAAAUAUAUCAAACUGUAAUGUUGCGACAUGAAAAUAUCCUUGGUUUCAUCGCUGCGGACAACAAAGAUAAUGGAACAUGGACGCAACUAUGGCUAAUAACAGAUUACCAUGAGAACGGUUCGCUUUUUGACUUCCUUACAUCGCGCACUAUUGACUCCAAUACUUUGAUUAAGAUGUCGUUGUCGAUUGCAACAGGAUUGGCCCAUCUUCAUAUGGAUAUUGUUGGCACUAAAGGCAAACCAGCUAUAGCGCACAGGGAUUUAAAGUCGAAGAAUAUUCUCGUGAAAAGUAAUUUGACAUGUGUGAUCGGCGAUCUCGGUUUGGCGGUGAGACAUAAUGUAGCGAGUGACUCUGUGGAUAUACCCUCAACUAAUAGAGUUGGCACUAAACGUUACAUGGCACCAGAGGUUUUGGACGAGAGUAUGGAUUCUAGGCAAUUUGAUCCAUACAAACGAUCGGAUGUGUAUUCCUUUGGUUUAGUUUUGUGGGAGAUGGCACGUAGAUGUGGUAUAAUGCCGGAUGAAUAUCAACCGCCGUAUUACGAUUGUGUACCUCCAGACCCAAGCCUUGAUGAUAUGAGACGCGUCGUUUGCUUGGAGAAAAGGAGACCCAACGUUCCCAAUAGAUGGCAUUCGGAUAUUGUAUUGUCAGCGAUAUCGAAGGUGAUGAAGGAAUGCUGGUACCAGAAUCCGGCGGCGCGGCUCACGGCACUACGGAUCAAGAAGACAUUGGCUAACAUCGCAACUGCGGAUCACAUCAAACUGUAAUUACUCCCAAAAGAUUUUCGACGACAUUGGCUGGCUAGUAUGCGGUGACUAAAAGAAUUCCAUGUAAUUCCUUUAAGGCGUGUAAAGGAUUCCGACCCUACCUCGUAGUUUUAUAUUCGAGUAAAUAUCACAUUGGAGCAUUUAUUGUAGUAAAACUUUACACUUUACAGUAGUAGGGACAUUCGUUGUAGUGAUAUUGUUUUGUUACCAACUACGUAGAUUUAAGUUUUGUUAAGGCUAUUCCGUUUAUCGUUUUAAUAUUAUUGAGCAUAUCGUAAACUAAAUCUUAGUGGGGAUUUUUAUUUUUGUAAAGCUAUUUUACUGUGAUAUAAAGCUAAAAUUGCAGCUAUUCUUCUCAAUUUUGCUUGUAAUCGGUUGCAAGUGUGUUGUUUUUAUACAUAGGGUUUUGUGGGAUAUCACCCAUACCCUAUUUUACGCAAAUAGUUGAUAUACAAAAUAGUAUGUCAAUUAUUUUCGUAAUUUUUUUAUCCAAUUAAAAAAAAAUUGUUAUUAUCGUCUGUCCGUAAAAUCAAGUAUCCCGCGUAAUAUAAUGUUCCCGUAUCCGCAGGAAUACUUUGAUUAUUAUUAUUUAAAGUUAAUGUUUUACAAUUAUUUCACAAGGUGAACUUUAUUUGCCCCACCCUAUGACGUCAUCGGCAAAGGUUAUCGCAUUUUGUGCAAGUGAUCAAAACAAAAUCGUAUCUAAAUAAUUGAUACCGAAAAUUAAUUAAAUUAAAACCUUUUCUGAGAUGACUUGUUAAAUAAUAAAUAUAUCAUAUUUAAUAUAAAAAAUAUCAUCUGUAUACAUGUUGACAGAUCUGUUUCUGACUUGUAUGUCGGCCAAUUUAAUUGUUUGUUGUUUUUUUUUAAAUUGAAACAGUUAUCCUUUAUAAUUUGACAUCAAAUCAUUAAUAGAUCUGUAACCUAUAUCUUGAUAUUUAUUUUCUGUUUACAUUCUUUGUAAUAUUUAUAGAUCUUAAGAC